GCCGUGGUUCCUACGAAGUCAAACAUCUUAAUUUUCAUGCCGCCCUUCUCUUCUGUAGACGAAACACAAGCUGCCGAAAAAUACGAGCGAGGAGGAGGAAGACGAAGGCGGGAGCUCGAGAUCACAAAGACCAAGCUGAAGAAACGCCAGAAGAUGGGAACGCUGAGCGCAGCUACGAGAACGACAGCGUCUGUGUGAAUGGACCACGGCAUCACCGCUGCGACCAGACCCGCGAGGAAUAGUGUUCCCGGUUCGCAUUUCAUUCAUAGCGCAUUCAGCUCGGACAGAGAUGGUACCGUCUGCGCUGCUGUACGAGCAGACGGAGACCGCGAAAUCAGCGUCUCCCAGCAACGAUGAAGGCACCAGAAAAGAGGACGAAGCAGUGCCUGGAGACGAGCUCGCCCCCAGUAACGCGCUGGACGACGAGCUCACCGACCAGGUCGUCCACCUGGAGGAGCUUCAUGGGGCUCCAGAUGGUCCAGUAGAGCUACCAGUGCCACAAGUCGAGCACAAGACCAUGGAGCCGCGCUUGUUCGCGGAAGUCUGUGAGGACGAGUGUUUCGCGGUCGGUGAAACGGGGCACUGUAGUGAGAGCGUUACGAGAUCGGAGGCUCCUGACGAUGGCCUCACGAUAGCCCAAGAGCCAGAAGAAUUUUGCUUGCCGACUUCGUGGACAACAAUGUGUCGUGGCGCUCCCACGUGGUGCCCGACAGUGGAGGAACUCCAGAACAGUGGUGAGCCGCUCUUCCUUCUGGGCCCGGACAUCGACUUGGGUGAGAGCUUGUGGCCCAAGGUGCUAAACUACAGCCCGUCGCAGCUCGAAGGCGGUUUCCGACCGAGAAAGAAGCGCAGACUCAGCCGGUUUGCGCGCGACGUCAGGCGCAAGCGGAUGAAACGCCGCGCCUCCAGGACCGACGAAGAGGAGGACUCUGGCUGCGAGGCCGACACUGAGUGGUCGGAGGAGGACGAGUGGGAGGAGGACGACAGCGACGACGACAACGACAACGGCAACGACAAUGAGGAAGAAAUGGCGUCGCUUGGUUUGUGGUGUCUGGCGUUGGCAAGCACAUGCUGAAAUUCAUGCACUUGCAACAGUCGAAGGGAAACAGCGUCUUUGUAAUGUUCCCAUAAUAUAGGUUCGAAGCGUGUG